AUGUUCCGCCAGGCCUGCCCUUCACCGCUCCACUGGUCUCGACGGGUACGUAACUUUGCAGUCCAUCUGCUCUUGCAAAGGCCCGUCCAUAACGCCACUACAUUUGUGCCAGCCGUAGCUAGAACAAUGGGAACCCUGCCUCGCCUACCCAUCUUCGAGUCCAUCGUUCGCCAUGAUCCGGACUCGACAGCCGUCAUCCAUUCCCAGUCUGGCCGUCGCUUUACCUACGCAGAGCUGACGAGAGAUGUUGCCAGGGAAAGAGCGCGACUGCUCCCGUGGAUUGGCGCCGAAGCUAAUUCCGGAAAACGUAUUGCCUUUUUGUUAGAAAACAGUUAUGACUAUGUCGUAACCGUUCUAUCAAUUUUCAGUUCCCAUGCUAUUGCCGUGCCGCUACCCCCCGCCUUCCCCGUACAAAGUCUACAGUAUCUCGUCGAUCAGAGUCAGCCGGUGGUCCUUUUGGCCUCAUCAAAAUUCCUGAGUAAAGCUCAAGCAAUAGUGGCAAAGUGUGAAGCUGGUCAGGCUCCACAUUUAAUACAUUUGGAGCAGAGGAUAGAAAGCCAGUCAAUAGAAACAGUCAAACUCGAGGAUGCGGCGGACGGCAAAGGAGGUCUCAUGCUCUACACAUCAGGAACCACCAAUCGUCCGAAAGGUGUUUUCCUUCCUCAAUCGGCCAUCACGGCUCAAGCAAGAUCGCUUCUCACGGCCUGGCGAUACAGCGCCAAAGAUCAUAUUCUGCAUGUGCUGCCUAUGCACCACAUUCAUGGCAUGGUCAAUGCCCUAUUGACUCCACUCUUUGCUGGAGCAACCAUAGAAUUUAUGUUUCCCUUCAAUGCCACUGCAGUAUGGGAACGAUUUGCAGCUCCUUAUCUCCCAGACCCACCAUACCGCGAGAAAAUCUCAUUUUUUACUGCCGUUCCAACUAUUUAUAACCGUCUCCUUACAUCGUAUGCUCAACUUCCAUUGGACCUUCAACCCGCUGCUCAGCGUGGAAUCUCACCGGCGAGCCUCCGGCUCAAUCUUUCGGGAUCUGCCGCGUUGCCGACGCCAACAAAGAAAGCCUGGUCAGACCUAAGCGGUGGAAAUAUUCUUCUGGAGCGCUACGGUAUGACAGAGGUCGGUAUGGCUCUCUCGUGUGGCUUAGAUCUGGCGGACCGAGUCGAUGGGAGCGUGGGGUGGCCUUUGCCUGGCGUCGAGGUGCGCCUUGUUGAUACGGAGACAGGUGAAGUAAUCGAGCACGGCGCUGAACAAGACGCUGACGGCCGAGAACGCGAUGGCGAAAUUCAAUUACGUGGGCCUACACUCUUCCGGGAAUACUUUCGCAACAGCGAGGCUACUAAGAACGAGCACGUCGAGGCCGACGAUGGCUGUGCUCGCUGGUUCAAGACGGGUGAUAUUGCCGUCCGUCGCUGCGUAGAAUCGGCCGGUCACUCUGACCAGACCUGGGCCAGAGGACCCUUGUAUUUCAUCCGUGGCCGCAAGAGCGCGGAUAUCAUAAAGUCCGGUGGCGAAAAAAUCAGCGCCCUUGAGGUUGAGCGUGAGCUACUUUCCCUCCCUCAAGUAAGUGAAGCUGCUGUGCUCGCCGUGCCAUCGGGUGCAUGGGGCCAGAAGGUAGGCGCAGUUGUCAUUCUGAGACCCGACGCUGAAGGCAACAUGCCUACUUUUUCUCCCAUGGAUAUGCGACGUUUUUUGCGUGACCGACUCGCUAAUUAUCAAAUUCCUCAAAUUUUGCGUGUCGUCGAACAUAUCCCGCGAAAUGAAAUGGGAAAAAUUAACAAGAAAGAGCUUGUCAAAAUUUUCUUCGAAGACAGUAUUAGUGGCGACGAGUGUAGUCGAGACUGA